ACCCCGUCGCCAGUCUGGUGAACUCCUUGGCGAUGGCGGGGCACUCGAUGUCGAGCAACGGCGCCGCCGCCCCCAUCAGCAUGAGUCACGUGAGCUCCAUGCGCAGCAUGAGCAGCCCCGCCGGCAGCAUCCAGGACCUGCGGAUCAGUCCCGCCGAGUCGGCUCUCGAGAGCCCCAUCUCCUCGCCCCUGGGGCUCACCGUCUCCAGCUCCAUGGAGCCGGCCAUCAACCUCAACAUCGGCAACAGCAUGGAUGUGGGCAUGGGCAUGACCUACAAGCCCACGAGGGCCUUCGCCUCCCCCAGGCCCGAGAACCUCUUCCAGGAGGACAUCGACGAGCUGGUCAAGCCCAUGCAUGCCGCCGCCCCCAAGCCCACCAUCAAGAUGGAGCCCAUGACCGAGUGUCGUGGCGAAUGAAACGAGACAAUGCUACAAUUGAGUAGAAGUUUUCGACGAUUUUGAUAAAAUUUAGCCAAAGUUUCGGCCAGUUCCACAAGACUGUUGUGUAUAUGUAUACUAUUGAUCGAAAUUCAAAAUUAGAGUGGAUAGGGGAAUCACAUGAGCAGAAACUAUAUCAACAUUCCCAAUUUUUGACAAUCGGUUUAGAAAAAAAUUACAUUUUCAAUGACACUGACUUAUCGGGGCCCAAAAUUAUGCAAUAAUAUGAUAUUCUAAAAUUCAAUCCAGGCACCUGUACACAUAUACAAAUUUAUUAAAUUUAUUUCCAACCUUAUUAAAAUGUUUAUUUUUAUUUAUGUCGCUUUUCGGAGAAAAAAUAGUCAGUGUCAGUGACAAAUCUCAUUGUUUUUUGCUGGCAAAAAAUAAAGUUUGGCUUUGCCUCUUUCUAAUCAUAAAAAGAAAUAAACAUUUUUUGAGGAAUUGCUUUAAAUAUUUACUUAAUUAUAUUUUGUAAAAAGCUAAUUUAUUUAUUUUAGUAAUUUAUAUAUUUUUAGUUGUUAAGUGUGCAGAUGCAUUAGGUAUUUAUUUUUUCAUAUUUGCAUACCGCAGAAUUGGAGCAAAGUGUGCGUUUAUUUAAUAUACCGAGUGACCAAAAUUGUGACAAAAAUCUGAUGGCAACACUGAAUUACCAGUUGCCCAUUUUAUUUUUCCUCAAGUUGGCAACCUUGACUCUCAAAUUCAAACUUUUAUAGGCAACCGCUGGUUUAGCCUAGCCUGAAAUCGAAAAAUUACCAAUAAUUCUGUGACGUUUGUAUUUGACAGUCAUGGUUGCCAAAUUAAAGUUUCAAAUUUCAUUGUCGGUAUUUUACCAGAUGAUUGUCAUUUUUGUCCUCAUGUUGGUAACCUUGACCCAACUUCAAACGUAAAAUUUUUAUAGGCAACGGCUAACUGAAAUUUAGUGGCGUUUAUUUUUGACAGCAAUUUUUUCUAUUCCAGGAAAUUGCAAAAUAAAAUUGAAAUCGUUUUGUUUAUUUAGCUCUGUUUUGAGCAAUAUUUUGUCAAAAAUAAUCUGAAAAACCACAAAAAUUUGGUCGAAAAUUUUGUUAUUUUCACCUUUUUCAAACUUGCGAGCAGUUUUUGAAGUAAAAUUUGCCAUGGGAAACCGAAAAAUCACAAAAAUUAGCAGGAUUUUCAAAAAAUCUCAAAAUUUUGUAAAAAUGCAAAAUUAUUUUUUUCAUUUGACAGUCAUGAUUGCCAAAUUAAUAAUUCAAAUGUGUUGGUGGAACUACAAUCACAGUCGAUAUUAUACCAGGUGACUGUAAAUGAUUGUUUGGUUCUGUUUGAGCAACAUUUUGUCAAAAAUCAGCUGAAAAAACACAAAAUUUGGUUGAAAAUUAUAAUAUUUUCACGUUUUUGAACUAAAAUUUCGAGUUUUUUUGGGUAAUUUCGCUACAGCAAACAGAAGAAACACCAAAUUAAUAAUAACUAUUUCUCAAAGUUUUGUAAAAAUGCAAAAUUAUUUUUUUUAUUAGACAGUCAUGAUUGCCAAAUUAAUAUUUCAAAUUGGUUGGGGUGCGACUAAAAUCACAGUCGAUAUUAUACCAGAUGACUGUAAAUGAUUGUUUAGUUCUAUUUUGAGCAACAUUUUGUCAAAAAUAAGCUGGAAAAAACACAAAUCUUUUAUCAAAUCUAUUUUAACUUUUUUUAAACUUUUAAGCACGUUUUUGAACUAAAAUUUGGAGAGUUUUUUUUUCAACAAACCGAAAAAUCACCAAAUCAACAGGGUUUUCAGCCAGGAACUCAAUUAUUUUUCAAAAUUUUGUAAAAAUGCAAUUAUUAGACAGUCAUAGUGGCUACUAAAAUUGAAGUUGAUGUUAUACAGGGUGACUAUAAAUGAUUGUCAUUUUGUAUCCUCAUCUUAGUAACUUGACAUUUUUUUUUCUAAAAUUUUGCUUGAAAAUUACAAAAUAAAAUCGAAGUUAAUGUUAUUUCGAUUGUUUGACUGUUUUGAGCAACAUUUUGUCAAAAAUAAGCUGAAAAAACACAAAAUUUGGUCGAAAACUGUAUUUUGGGAACCCAAUUGUUUCUCAUAAUCUUCUAAAAAUGCAAAAUUAUUUUUUUUAUUUAACCGUUACAACUGUCAAAUGAAUAUUUCAAUUUGUUGGUGCGACUAAAUCAUAGUCGGUAUUAUACUAGGUGACUGUAAAUGAUUGUUUGUUUGGCUGUACUUUAAGCAAUAUUUUGUCGAAAAUAAGCAGAAAAAAACACAAAAAUCGAUCGAAAAUUAUAUUAUUUUCAUUUCUUUAACUCUUAAACAUGUUUUUGAACUAAAAUAUCGAGUUUUUUGGGUGAUUUCCCUACGAAAAAUCGCCGAAAAAAAUUAAUAAGGUUUUCAAGUAUUUUUUAAAAUUUUGUAAAAAUCCAAAAUUAUUAUUUUUGUGACGGUUAUAAAUUAUGAUUGUCAAAUGAAUAUUUCAAAUUUGUCGAUACGACUAAAAUUACAGUCGAUAUUACACCGGGUAACUGUAAAUGAUUGUUUGGCUCUCUUUUGAGGAAUAUUUUGUCAAAAAUAAGCUGAAAAAACAAAAUUCGGUCGAAAAGUAUAUUACUUUUACGUUAGAACAUGUUUUUGAACUAAAAUUUCGGCGCUGGUGUGAUACAGGGUGACUGUAAAUGAUUGUCAUUUGCUUAGAAACCGAACGGUUACGAGUAAUUCAGUGUCGCCAACAGUUUUUUUAGCGAUAUUAAACGUCACCGGUGGGAAAUGAGAUAACUACGAAUACACCAAAGUCACUUGAUAGAUUUUAUGGGAUAACUUGUACAAAAUUACCGGGACGUGUGUUGUGGUAUUUAGUAACAAGAAAGCCAGCCACUGUGUUUUUUCAGUGCAAUAUUACAAUUCCUGUUUUAGCUAGAUUUAGACAUGGAACUUAAUAGAAAUGGUCAGUUACUAUCAGUAUUUCGAUUCAGUUGGUCUCGUUUAAUUUAUUUAGUACAUAUAUUGUAAAGAAAUGUAAAUGUAUUUAAAGAUGAGAUGAAUAUAAGUAUUGCUUUGUUGA